UAUUAUAUAUCGCGUGUACAGUAGAUGAAGAAGUUUGCUGGUCUGUAGUAAUAACUCUUACGGGUUAUUUUAUUUUUGUAGUAUAAAGGUCUAAACACUUAAAAAAUCAGGAAUCGCUCAAAUGGCAACUGAAAACGAGGAGAACGGCGUGGAAAUGCAAACGGAGCUGGAGGAGUCUAAUUAUUCGUUGGCUCGUUUGAAGUUGGAGAACCUCUUGAAUAAGAGCAUGAGGAUUCGCAUGACUGAUGGACGCACACUGGUGGGGCUCUUUUUAUGCACAGACCGAGACUGCAACGUCAUCUUGGGCUCUGCACAAGAGUUCCUCAAAUCCACAGAUUCUUUCUCACAAGGUGAACCCAGAGUUUUGGGACUGGCUAUGAUUCCUGGCCAUCAUGUGGUUUCAAUAGAAGUGGAAUCUGAAAGCCUUCAGACCACCACCUAUGGACUCUGAUGACUUGAGACUCUGGGAGACACCAUAUGGACUACAGGGAAUGUAGUUUGCAUGCACAUGUUUCUUCUGCAACUACUGAUCAGGCAGUACACAUCCAGUUGUGCUGGGACUACUGCAACCUGAAUGGAUUCUUCCUUAUUUGACACCAUGAUGUUUUUUAUAUAUAUAUAUAUA